GUUGAGUCUCUUUUUUCUGGGUUCCUAAUUCAGAAUUGUUUGCUUAAUCUUUGAAUUUCGAUCUUGAAAUUAUUCUUACGCUUCAGAAUUAUUUUCUCUGUUGUUUUACUUUUCUUUUUUAGCAUAGAACCAUUAUUGGUAUGUUUGUUUUAAGCGCAAACGUGUCUGCUCAUCUUUCUUGUUGAAUACCCACUCCGUUUAUUUCCUCCGAGUUGUCUUAGGUAGCACGCUAAUGGAGGAGUUAAGACCUGCUGAAGUUGAAAACCGUUCAGAACCAGCUGCUAGAGCAUCUGAGGCUACAGUAAGCGCAGAUGUUGUCAGUGAUAAUGCUACAGCGAGUCAAACAGAUGUCUCAACUGGCAAUACCACAAGUCAUGUCGAUGACACGUCUCAGCCAUCCACUUUCUCUAGCCCCGAGGAACCUUCGGCAGAAAAAGUAACUCCUAAUCCAACAAUCAUUGGAAAAGUGUCGGAGACAAAUGAUAUUACAGGUGAGAUUGGUUUACCUCCUGUAAAGAUUACAGAAGGCACAUCAAGAAAUGGUGGAUCACCUAAAACACCCGUGAGCACUGGAUCAAUCGACACAGCUGCACCAUUUGAAUCCGUUAAAGAAGCAGUCUCAAAGUUCGGAGGAAUCACUGACUGGAAAUCUCACCGAAUCCAAACAGUAGAGAGACGCAAACUCAUAGAAGAAGAGCUCAAGAAGAUACAAGAGGAGAUCCCCGAGUACAGAACACACUCAGAAACCGCCGAGGCUGCGAAGCUGCAAGUCCUCAAGGAGCUAGAAGCCACAAAGAGACUCAUAGAACAGCUGAAGCUUAAUCUUGAGAAAGCUCAAACAGAAGAACAACAGGCCAAGCAGGACUCUGAGCUUGCUAAGCUGAGAGUUGAGGAGAUGGAGCAAGGAAUAUCCGAUGACGUUAGCGUCGCAGCUAAAGCGCAGCUUGAGGUGGCUAAGGCGAGGCAUACAUCAGCGAUCACAGAACUGCGUUCUGUCAAGGCGGAGCUAGAGACUCUGCAUAAGGAGUAUGAUGAUCUGGUGAAAGAUAGAGACGUUGCGGUCAAGAAAGUUGAGGAAGCGACGUUGGCUUCGAAAGAAGUUGAGAAGAGAGUUGAAGAACUCACUAUAGAGCUGAUAGCUACAAAGGAGUCAUUGGAAUCAGCACAUGCUUCUCAUUUGGAGGCUGAAGAGCAGAGGAUUGGAGCAGCCAUGGCUAGAGACCAGGAUGCACACCGUUGGGAGAAGGAACUGAAGCAAGCGGAGGAGGAAGUUCAGAAGCUUAACCAGCAGAUUCUUUCUUCCAAAGAUCUCAAAUCAAAGCUUGACACUGCCUCAGCGUUGCUUCUUGAUUUAAAAGCGGAGCUCGUAGCUUAUAUGGAGUCUAAGCUAAACCAGGAAGCUUGUGAUGACGACUCCUCGUCGAUCAAAAACAACGAUCUUCCAUCGGAUUUACACGCAGGUUCGCAGAAGGAACUAGAAGAUGUGAAUGCGAGUGUUGAGAAAGCGGAAGCUGAAGUGAACUGCUUGAAAGUAGCCACCUCUUCCUUGCAGAUGGAACUCGAGAAAGAAAAAUCAGCUCUGGCCUCGAUCAAACAAAGAGAAGGAAUGGCCUCCGUAGCAGUUGCUUCACUAGAAGCCGAGAUCGAGAGAACAAGGUCGGAGAUAGCUUCAGUUCAGGCCAAGGAGAAAGCAUCGAGAGACAAAAUGGUGGAGCUACCAAAGCAGCUUCAGCAAGCAGCAGAAGAGGCUGAUGAAGCAAAGUUUCUCUCCGAACGUGCUCGCGAGGAGCUACGAAAGGCCAAAGAGGAAGCGGAGCAAGCAAAGGCUGGAGCAAGCACAAUGGAGAGCAGGCUGUUUGCUGCGCAGAAAGAAAUCGAGGCAGCUAAGGCUUCAGAGAGGUUGGCCUUAGCUGCCAUCAAGGCCUUGGAGGAGAGUGAGGCUAAUGACAUGGACUCUUUACGAAGUGUUACACUCUCACUAGAAGAGUACUAUGAGCUCAGCAAACGCGCUCACGAGUCGGAAGAAGUGGCGAACGAAAGAGUAGCAGCAGCGGUUUCUCGGAUCGAGGAAGCUAAAGAAGCUGAAAUGAGAAGCUUGGAGAGGCUGGAGGAAGUGAACAGAGACAUGAAUGCGAGAAAGAAAUCACUGAAAGAAGCAACGGAAAAGGCGGAGAAGGCGAAAGAGGGGAAGCUGGGGGUGGAACAGGAGCUGAGGAAGUGGAGGGCAGAGCAUGAACAGAAGAGGAAAGUUGGUGAUGGAGAGAAAAUCAUAAGAGCAAGCUCUGAAGGAGCAAAUGAGUUAAGUAAGUUGGCCCAAUCACCUGAGGCUUAUGCCUACAGCCCGAGUGAGUCAUAUGGAACAGAAGAUAACUCUGAAACCAGUCAAGUCCCACCGAGCAAGUCUGGAAAGAAGAAGAAGAAACUUUCCUUCCCACGGUUUUUUAUGUUUUUGUCAAAGAAGAAGGCACAUAAUUGA